AUGGCUCACUUGGCGGCGGUGCCGGAUACCAUUGAUGGUGAAGGUACAGCGACGCUGUUUAUCGAUCGCGUGUUUCGACAACACGGUCUGCCGUUGGCAAUUGUCUCUGAUAGAGAUCCUCGCUUCACUGGGAAGUUUUGGAAUUCCAUCUUCAAGGUGCUCGGCACACGUUUGGUCAUGUCCACAGCGGAUCAUCCGCAGACCGAUGGUCAAACGGAGCGCGUUAAUCGUGUCAUUGGUGACAUCUUGCGCAGUGUUUGCGCUGAAACACCUAGGCGUUGGAUCUCGAUGCUCCCUGUCGUUAAGUUUGCGUUGAAUAACGCUGUGCAUGCCCCCCUCGGAUUUACCCCGUUCUACGUGAACGGUCUCACACACCCUCGCGUUCCGUUAACGCUACCACUACGUGGUUCAGGGCUUGGUGGGGGAGGAGUUGCCGAUCGGCUUGCUGAUAUCAACCCUGCUACUGUUCAAAAACAGGUAAGCGAGUUUCUCGCAACGCGAUUGAAUGUCUUACGACAUGUGCGUGACGCACUGGCUGAUAGCCAAGAUAAGCAGAAGAAACAAGCAGAUGCCAAAGGCAGAGGUUGUAUUGAACGUUAUAAGGUCGGAGACCAAGUUCUACUCAAUGCUAAAAACCUACCUACAAAUGUAGUAUCCGCCGUCUUCAAGACGAAGUUGCGCCCGCGAUUCAUUGGACCCUUUACGGUCGUCGCCAAGAAGGGACUUGCGUAUACGCUCGACCUUCCGCGCAAACUGCGCACACACCCCGUGUUCUACGUUGGCAUGCUUAAGCCGUAUCAGGAUCCGUCCCACGUGAACUUGGAGGCGCUUGCGCCGGGUAGGUUGGCUUUGCCAUCGGUUGCUGAAUCCGUAUCAGGAGGUCAAGCUGAGCCUCAAUCUGGGCUUGGCUCAACUCCAACGCCCGAACACGGGCUCGCAUUGCGUCGAACGCACUCUGGGUCUGACCCAACGUCUCACGGAGACCACUCAGCUCGAGAAGAACCUUCUCGUGCUCCUCCUUCGGUAUACCGACCACCUCCGACGCUGCUCGAUGAGCAAGGGAACCGCCAGUUCCAUGUGGAACGACUCCUGAAACGACGUCGUCGUCAGGGUCAAUACCAGUAUCUGGUAAAGUGGCGUGGGUACCCGGAGUCGGAGAACUCGUGGGAAUUUGAGGUACCCCUUCGGCAGGAUUGCCCGUACGCCGUUGAUGUUUUUGAACAUCGUGGCAGGGGUCAUCCUUCGACCGAUAUCGCUUCCCACCAAUAG